AUGAGCACCAAGCAGGUCACGUGCCAAUACUACCACAUGAGGCAGGCAUUGACAGCCAGCAGUGGUGCAGCAGAGACUGGGCCCCACAGCCUGCCUUCACUGAUUUUCCACAGUCCACACCCUCAUCCCGAUGUGACUUCAUCUAUAAUGAAAAGUGGCUCACAGGAACCUGGCAAUCAAGAGAAGAGAAGGCUGGUGCUUAGAGACCGGAAUCUGUGUGGCUUAACUGAAGAAAAGACCAAGCCCUGUGCCAUGAAUGACCGGGGAGGUUGCAGUGACUCAAACGAUAGCAUGGAGAUGAAGCCUCACUCCUACUUAGAAGCCAUCUGGAGUGUCCUGGAUGAUCGGGGAGCUGGGAGCUCUGACAGUAAGGGGAGGCAGCUGUGCCCCUAUGCAGUCACCCGUGAGUGCCACUUUGGUGAUGCUUGUGUCUAUAUCCAUGGGGAUGUUUGUGAGAUCUGUAGGCUGCAAGUCCUGCAUCCUUUUGACUCAGAGCAAAGAAAGACUCACCAGAAGCUCUGCAUGGCAACCUUUGAACAGGACAGGGAGAAAGCCUUUGCUUUCCAGGCAAGUCAGGAGAAAGUAUGUAGCAUCUGCAUGGAGGUGGUCUAUGAGAAACCAUCAGCCUCGGAGAGGAGGUUUGGGAUCCUCUCCAACUGCAGCCACACAUACUGUCUGUCCUGCAUCCGACAGUGGAGGGGCACCAAGCAGUUUGAGAAUCCCAUCAUCAAGGCCUGUCCACAAUGCCGGGUAAUAUCUGACUUUGUAAUUCCAAGUGUGUAUUGGGUUGAAGACCAGAAUAAGAAAAAUGAACUGAUUGAAGCAUUUAAGCAGGGAAUGGGGAAAAAGGCCUGUAAAUACUUUGAGCAAGGCAAGGGGACCUGCCCCUUUGGAGGAAAAUGCUUUUAUCUCCAUGCCUACGCAGAUGGGACAAAAGCUGAACCUAAGCCUCACAAACAGCUCAGUUCAGAAGGCACCGUAAGGUUCUUCAAUUCUGUCUGGCUUUGGAAUUUUAUUAAGGACAGAGAAAGCAGACACAUCCCAGCUGAGGAAGAUGAUGUAACUCAACUUGGUGACCUUUUCAUGCACCUUUCAGGAGUCUGCCUCAUCCUUGAGACUGAACCGAAGCCACCCCCUUGCCACCUCCUACUAUACCCUACUACACCCUACUAUACCCUAGGGUCUCUGCUGGACCAGGCCUUUGUAUUUAGAAAGGGUGUGCUGCAGAGUUUUACAUUUGCUGCAACAAUAUACUCAUCAGUGACUCCAUUCAGAGACUUGCCAGCCCUGAAUUCUGACAACUAUCACCAUGUCUCGCUGUCGGAAGCCAGGAGUGAGAACCCACCCCCUGAAAAAUCCAUCUCUUCAUCCAGCCUUGCCAAUGACUGA